AUGGGUCGCGUCAAGGAAUACCAGGUUGUGGGCCGUCACCUCCCCAGCGAGGCCAACCCUACCCCAAAGCUCUUCCGCAUGCGCAUCUUCGCCCCCAACAGCGUGGUAGCAAAGUCAAGAUUCUGGUAUUUUCUCGGAAAGCUGAAGAAAAUCAAGAAGGCCAACGGCGAGAUUGUCUCGUUGAAUGAGAUUCACGAGAAGCGCCCGACAAAGGUCAAGAACUUCGGUAUCUGGAUCCGCUACGAUUCGCGCAGUGGAACCCACAACAUGUACAAGGAGUUCCGUGAAAUGUCCAGGACAGAUGCCGUCGACGCCCUCUACCAGGACAUGGCUGCCCGCCACCGCUCUCGUUUCCGACAAAUCCACAUCCUUAAGGUCAUCGAGGUUGAGAAGUCCGAAUCUAUUCGCCGCCCAUACAUCAAGCAGCUCCUCACAAAGGACCUCAAAUUUCCUCUACCCCACCGCGUUCAUGCCAACCAGGCCAAGGCUAUCUUCUCUGCCAAGAGACCCUCAACUUUCUUCUAA